AUGCUCAAAUCGCUGUUUCGAGCAGCAGCAGUAGCGACUAGGUCGGGUCUGGUUAAACGUCAGAUAUCCUUCACAGCAAUGUUGAGGAGUGAGAGUCAACCAAAAGAGAUUAUUAAUCUGGAGCGGGUUCAAGUUAGGAAAAUGAGAAAGAGGCGUCCAGUUGCAUCAUCUGUGGUGCCCAAAUCGGUACAGUUGCGAGAGCCAUCGGUUGUCGCCAUGGCACUGUCAGAAUCAUUAAAUUUGAAUGAUGUGAUCAUGGAUGGUCAUCUGAAUGGAAUGUACAAUAUUACAUCAAUUGAUGAUGAAGCAGAUGACACAUUGCAUUUCGUGAAAAAACUGGAAUACACUAUCAAUCCAGCAGAACUCAGUGAGAUAUUCGUGUUUCGAGAUGGUGUCGUCGUCUUCUGGAACGUGGAUUCAAGUCAGAGAUCACAGAUUUUGAGAGAACUCGAAAGAUAUGCAAUGGCUCCGUAUGACUCGAUGAUUGUGAUGGAUGAACAGGACCGGAUGUUCUACAAAUUUUCAGAGCAAUCGACAGUCUCCUCAAUUCGUCAAGAUCGUUUCUUCCUCUCCGGAAAACAUCUCGACGCAUUCCACGGUUCGAACGAAGCAAUUCUGGAACGUUUCGCUAUGAGUCAAGCAUUCGCUGCUUCUGUUAAAAUCGGUGUUUGGGAGAGUCUUCUGAAUAAUCUGGCAGAACCACUCUCGAAUACAACAAAGUCAUUAACACAAGGAAAAAUUCCAUGGAGUCGGAAACAGGCGUUGAUGAGAUCUGGAGAGUUCGCUGCUCUCCGUCAUUCGAUCAAUCUGGAUUGUACUCUUUUGAAUAAAGAUUUCUAUUGGGAGAGGCCGGAAUUAGAGAAAUAUUAUACACUUGCUGGAAGACAUUUCUCGUUGGAUAGGCGGAUAGGCCUCCUUAACAAACGACUCGAUUAUUGUGAGGAGCUCGUGAAAAUGGUCGACAAUACGAUUGCUCUUCGUCAUGCAUCUCAUUUGGAAUGGAUGAUUAUCGUUCUCAUCGUCAUUGAAGUCAUAUUCGAUGUGUUCCAUUUCGCUGAUAAAUCGCCCAAAUCUGUGAUUGUCGUGGCUGCGGACCCGAAGGACGCCGUGACAGCUGAUAAAUAA